UAAGCUUUUACAACAACACUUGUUCGUCUAAUAAUGGCAUCUGCGUUCAUUUCCUUCUCUACUUGUGUGCGAAUCUCUCUCUGAAUUGCCUAAACCAUUUCCUUUUGUUGUAUUCCACCAUUGAACUGAAGGAAAUCUAGGGCUUUUCUUCCUACUCUACUCUACUCUACACUGCUAGAAUUGGAGCUCUUACAGAAAUGGAGGCCGCGGCCGCCACGAGAGGUGUUCCUCUGCCAACCAUGAUGACUCCUGCACAGCCUUCACGUAAAGAGUGGCGCAUUGUCUCGGAGCAGAAUGCUCGUAACAACAAUGACAACGAGGAUUUGAUGCGUUCAAAAAUAGGGCAAUCGAACGAGAGGACGACAUUUGAGGUGCACCAAGGUAGAGAACCGGCAGAUGUUGACUUCUGUUCCAUCACUAUAGAUGGACACUCAGAUGGAGAUAUUCUGCAGCAGAGGUUUCGCAAGGCUACCAGACAAAGGGAGGAGCUACAACACAUGGAGAUAGAACUUCGAGCUCAAAUAAUCGCAAGAGAAGACAUAGCGGAGAUGCAGAACAGUUUUGAUGCGCAUCUUAAAGAUCAGGCCAAUUCUAACGUGAAGCUCCAGGAAAAAGUUUAUGAAAUGGAGCAGACAAUACAUGGACUAGAAAGAAAGAUGGAAGAGAAAGAGAGAGAGCUGCGAGCAAUCAAAUUAGACAAUGAAGCAGCAUGGGCGAAGGAAGAUCUUCUUAUAGAACAGAGCAAUGAGUUGAAAAAUUUUAGAAGGGAGCAUGAUAAUACUGAAGCUGAAAGAACCCAGCACCUGAAGCAGAUUCAUGAACUUCAAGAACAUCUUCAAGAUAAAGAAAGGCAAUUCCUUGAAUUGCAGGAACAGAAUAGGGUUGUGCAUGAAACCAUCCUUUUUAAGGAUGAGCAACUGAAGGAUGCUCAAUCUUGGAUUGCACGUGUGCAGGAGAUGGACGUUUUCCAAUCACAUCAGUCAUUACAGGCUGAGAUUCGAGAGCGUACUGACCAAUACAACCAACUUUUCCUUGCCUAUCAACAACAGUUUGCUGAGAUGGAAAGAAUCCAUCUGCAUACAAUACAACAGCAUCAGCUUGAAAUUGCUGAUGCAAGAGACAGGGCGGGGUUUUAUUCUGAUGAAACUCAUUUACCAAAGGAUUCUUCUCAAGUUGGACAGAGCAAUGGAAGCCAGAUGAAUGUGAAUGGAAGCACCAAACGUACAAAUUCUGGAGCCCUUUCAAAUGGAAAUGCAGAAAGUAUUUCAUCUGAAAAUUUAAGAAAUGAGGUUGAUCAUGCUCAUGGUAUUGCAAUACCACCAUCAUCCCUAGUAGGAAUGCCUACCUACCUUUCACCUGGGCAGAUUGCAGCUUUUCAUCCAUUCCUUGUGCAUCAACAAAGUCUCCACUCCGUUCCUCCUCAUGUUGCUCAGUCCCACUAUGCCAAUUUCCACACUUUCCCAGCUGCAUCAUCCCUUCAGCACUGGCCGAACCAGCAAGUAUUGAAAGUUGUGACGGAUGCGUCACCUGCUGAUCAAGAAUAUCCUUCUUCCCAGAAUGGACAUAACAUUUUGGAAUCAGACACGAUUUUCAAAUAUGACGAGUCUGUAAAUGGACCAGCUAUUGGUUUAGUUACUCUGGUUGACCAUUCUUGCGAAGUGCCUGAACAUAUCUCUGUGAUAAAAUCGUCAGCUGAGGUUCAACCUGUUGAUAAGGCACAUUCGGUAUCCCCACAACCUCAACAGAGUAUACAACACGUUCCUUCCCAGUUUGAUAGUUCUCUGAGGUUAAACUCUCUUCCUGGAUAUGAACCAAAGGAAACAGAGAAAACAAGUUAUUCCGCCAGUGAGCCAUCUGCUGCAGACUGUGCUACUUCUACUACCAGUGAACCUCUGCCACUAUAUGAGGCUACUAGAAAUCUUUUGAGCUUGGAUGAGAUGGGAAUGAAGGCAACAGGUGCCGCAGUUCCUUCUGAAGUCCCUCUGCUGGAUGAAAGAUCAUUGUUGGCCUGCAUAGCUCGCACAAUUCCACCUGGAUCUGGUAGCACAAUCAGGAUUAGCUCUACGCUCCCGAAUAGGCUUGGCAAAAUGCUUGCACCUCUACAUUGGCAUGAUUACAAGAAGAAGUACGGAAAACUUGAAGACUUUGUGUCUAGUCAUGCUGAACUGUUUGUAAUUGAAGGAGACUAUAUACAAGUUCGAGAGGGAGCUAAAGAAAUUAUAGCAGCGGCUGCAGCUAUUGCUAAAGUUGUAGCAGCCACUAACAAAACACUGUUGGCCCCUAACUCGUCUCCAUCUGUUGCUGUCACUCCCAUGUCACAGUCCCAUCGAACAACAAAGAGAACACCUCCUCCUCCUCCAUCUAUCGACACCUCCACUUAUGGUGGUUAUUUUAAUGCUGGAGGCGUACCGAAAGUGAAGAUUUUGAGCAAGCCUAUAGAUUCUAGAGUGAUGAAAGCUACUGAGAUAUCUAAUCCUCUCUCCAAGGGACAACAACAAGCUCAUGUGGGGAGACCUCAGGCCAGUUUUUUUAUCCCCACCACCUACAGGACAGUUGGAGGUGCAACCACUUUUAGAAAAUGAUCUAACCAACCCCUCCUUCUCCCUCUGUUUACAAGAAAUUAUGAAGAGUGUGCAGCAGAUUGAACGUUUUGCUUCAGUUUUUGUCUCAUGGACUCCCUCCCCUAAUUAAUUUGCCUGCCUCUUCUUUGAUCAUCAAUCUAGAUAAGAUAGAUAGAUCCCUUCUAGAAUAUUUAUGAUAUUAUUUUUAUGUAUCUUGAGAUAUUUUAGUUAUUAAUUUUAAUAAGACCUUUUGGAUGGAUAUUCAUUUCAAAGUCAUAUUCAUAUCGAUUGCCA